AUGGCAGCUAUGAUGCAACCUCAAAUAAUUCUGCUGAAGGAGGGUACAGAUACAUCCCAAGGGAAACCACAAUUAAUAAGUAAUAUAAAUGCCUGCAUGGCUGUGGCAGAUAUGGUUCGGACCACCCUCGGUCCAAGGGGUAUGGACAAGCUGAUACAUGAUGAGAAGGGAAAUACCACUAUUUCUAAUGAUGGUGCCACAAUAAUGAAGCUUCUUGACAUUGUACACCCUGCUGCAAAAAUCCUUGUCGACAUUGCCAAGUCUCAAGACUCUGAGGUUGGUGAUGGAACCACUACAGUAGUUCUGCUUGCUGGAGAGUUUUUGAAGGAGGCCAAGCCUUUUAUUGAAGAUGGAGUUCAUCCUCAAAGUCUUAUACGGAGUUAUCGGACAGCUUCUCAAUUGGCCAUUGAGAAGAUCAAAGAAUUAGCUGCUAGCAUAGAGGGAAAAAGUUUAGAAGAAAAGAAGAGUUUGUUAGGCAAAUGUGCUGCUACAACGCUUUCCUCAAAGCUCAUUGGGGGUGAGAAGGAAUUCUUUGCAUCAAUGGUUGUGGAUGCUGUCAUCACAAUUGGAAAUGAGGAUAGACUGAAUAUGAUUGGGAUUAAGAAGGUUCCUGGAGGUAACAUGAGGGACUCUUUUCUUGUAAAUGGCGUUGCCUUCAAAAAGACAUUCUCGUAUGCUGGUUUUGAACAGCAACCAAAGAAAUUUGUGAAUCCCAAAAUACUUUUGCUGAAUAUAGAGUUGGAAUUAAAAUCCGAGAAAGAAAAUGCAGAGAUAAGGCUGUCUGAUCCAUUACAGUAUCAAUCAAUUGUUGAUGCAGAAUGGAAUAUUAUUUACGACAAGUUGGAUAAAUGUGUAAAAAGUGGAGCCAAAGUUGUUCUGUCACGACUUGCUAUUGGUGAUCUGGGCACACAGUAUUUUGCAGACCGAGAUAUAUUUUGUGCGGGUCGUGUGACUGAAGAAGAUCUGCAGCGGGUUGCAGCUGCUACUGGUGGAGCUGUGCAGACAACUGUUAAUAACAUCAUUUACGAGGUUCUUGGAUCUUGUGAGCUUUUUGAGGAGAAACAAGUAGGAAAUGAACGGUUCAAUAUAUUUAGUGGAUGCCCAUCAGGUCAGACUGCUACUAUUGUUCUUCGUGGUGGAGCAGAUCAGUUCAUUGAAGAGGCUGAAAGAAGUUUGCAUGACGCAAUUAUGAUUGUUAGAAGGGCCCUGAAAAAUUCUACUGUAGUUGCCGGUGGCGGUGCUAUUGAUAUGGAGAUAAGUCGAUAUUUAAGGCAGCAUGCACGCACAAUAGCAGGGAAAUCUCAGCUCUUCAUAAACUCUUAUGCAAAAGCACUUGAGGUUAUUCCCAGACAACUAUGUGACAAUGCUGGUUUUGAUGCAACUGACGUUUUGAACAAACUGAGACAGAAACAUGCUCUUCCAUCCGGUGAGGGUGCACCUUAUGGUGUAGAUAUCAACACUGGUGGAAUUGCUGAUUCAUUUGCCAACUUUGUUUGGGAGCCGGCAGUCGUGAAGAUAAAUGCAAUAAAUGCUGCAACGGAAGCAGCUUGCCUUGUCUUAAGCGUUGAUGAAACUGUGAAAAACCCAAAGUCCGAGAGUGCGCAAGGAGAAGCUGCUGCUAGCGCUAUGGGCGGCAGAGGACGUGGGGGAGCUGCUUUUCGUGGACGUGGGCGCGGUAUGAGGAGACGAUAG